GGAAUCAGGUCAGAUGAAAUUCAACGAAUUUGGCACGCACCUGCCUGGGGACGGCCUCGGAAGGAAGAUAAAGGACAUCUGGUCCUUGCUGGCGGGAUUGCUGCUGAACAGGCAGUCGUUCACAGACAAUGCAAGUGUCAACAUCGUGUCUGUGGGACAGGGAAAGUUGCUGGCAACCAGUGAGUCGAAGCAUUCCCACUAUAUAGUGGACCCAAGUACUUUAGAGAUGCAGUCUCAGCCGCUUGUGGACUCAAAAGUCAAAGAGAACCUGGCCACGGCGCACCAUACCAAGCUCAGCGAUGGGGACCUCAUAAACGUUGGCACAGCGAUCGGGGAGGGGUUUGUCAUUCAGCGCACCAACCCAAGGACGAUGAAAUGCACGGCAAUAAGGAGUUUGCCAGCUCAGCGGCCGGCGGCACCAUCUUGGAUCCAUGAUUUCCCAGCCACAGAUGACUGCGUGGUCAUUGUGGAGCAGCCUAUCUACUACAAUCUUGGAUCACUGGCAUUUGGCCAGGUUGCUGAGCAUGUGGUUUUCGACUGGGUGCCUGAGGAUGGUACCAGAUUCCACAUUGUUCCAUUGGAUCCAUCAAAGAAAGUUCGCACUUUCUCGACCCCCACCUUCUUCGCCUUUCACUACGGCAACACCUUCGUCUCGGAGGACGGCAAGCGGCUGUGCUUCGACGUUUCACGCUACGAAGACCCCCAGAUUGUCAACGACCUGCUCUUGGAGAACCUGAGGCCGGGCGAGAACGAGGUUUCGCAGUCAUCCCUUUGGAGGUACGAGCUGCCGUUGGAUGGGCCCGAUGGCGGGGAAGUGACUGGGCGUUGCCUGGCGCCUGGCGUCGACUUCAUGGACUUUCUUUCCUUCAACAAGGAGUACAAGGGGAAGGCAAACAGGUUCACCUACGGAAUAUCGGUCGUCAGACCGACUUGCGCCGCCAACGCCCUGUGCAAGGUCGAUGCAGAGACGGGGACCUUCGCCAUUUGGCACGAACCGGGCACCACACCAGGGGAACCCCACUUUGUACCGCGGCCCUCUGGCGACGGCGAAGACGACGGCAUCAUCCUUUCCACGGUGACGGGAUCCGAUGGCCUGUCAUUCCUGCUGUUUCUGGACGGAAAGACCUUCAAGGAGGUGGCCAGGGCGAAGCUUCCUUACUCGAUGCCUUGCAGGUUCCACGGCGAAUUCGUUCCCGCGGAAGCCGCAUGA